CGACAACGUGGACGAUAAAGUCACAGAUCGCGCAUCGCGAGCCCGCUCUGUCCGCUGAACUCGCCUGGUUCGCCUGUCUCCUCCGUGCGAUCCAUGUGAAAAUCGACAUUAACUAUCAGCUUAAUUGCUCUGGAUAACUUAUUGGAUAUCAUCCUGAUUUUGGAUUAUAAAAACUAAUACACCAUGUUGAGCAUUGAAAAUGCAAUGAUUGCCUUCCUUCUGGCAUCGACACUUUGCAGUGGAUACGGACUCGCACAGGCCCAGUUGCUCGACGAGGACGACGACCUGGCCUUCGGAAGACCAUGGCCCACCUAUAGUCUGCAAAACAUGCCCAAGACGCAGUUUACCUGCCACGACAAAAUCCUGGGCGGCUACUAUGCCGAUCCGGAGACCCAGUGCCAGAUGUUCCAUGUGUGCGUCAAGCUGCCCGGAGUGGGGGUGCAGGACUACCGCUUUCUCUGUCCCAACACGACGGCCUUCGACCAGGAGCUGCAGAUCUGCGCCAACUGGGUGGACGUGGACUGCGACAAGGCCACGUCCUUCUACGACAAUGGCCACCUGAACGAUCUCUAUCGCGGCGGAGAUGAUAGCAAAUCCGCCAACGAGGAGGAGUCUACCUUCCACCUCCAACGCGCCGAAACGGGUGAUGUACGCCGCUCGAAGGAGAACCACAACAAUAACAUCAACAAUAACAAUAAUAAUCGUGGCGGGGAGCAGAAGCCACGAACUCGUCACAAUUACUCGCAGACAGGUGGCAGCUCCAGUUCCAGCUCCAGUCCCAAUUUGGAGAUCACGCAACCCACCAAGCGACCCAUUUCCACCUAUUACACGCCGACCACUUUGGCCAGCACCAGCAGGGCCACCACAACCACCACUUCGACCACAUCCACGACGGAACGCAGCUAUUACAACAACAAUUACAGCAACAAUGACGACUCCAAGCAAGACAUAGAUGAUAUCUUCAAGGGUUCCCACAGCUCGCACUUCUUCUCCAAUCGCCACGGGGGACGGGAAUACGAUGAGGAGCCCUCGCGUCCCAAGCCCAAUGACUUUUCGGAUUACCAGCGCAAGACCACGCGGGUCACGCCUACCAGAGGAGGAGGAGGAUCCACUUUCGGUCCACGAUCCACUUUCGGUCCCAGUAGUCCUGUUACGGCUAGCACAGGCCCCAGUACCACCAAGUCGCUGAAGAAGAUCACCCUGCAUGCCACUUUCAACACAGACUUCCUGGACAUCUCCCACACCAAGAGUCCUUCCUACUCCACUGUGACCACUCCACGUCCCAGCAGCAGCAUCACCAGUCGCUUUAGCUUCGGCUCCAAUGACUUCGGUACCCAGGAGAGGAUUCAGCCCACCACCUACAACCCCAACAGUGGUGCUUAUCGCUUUAAGACCACCUCACCACCAGCCAGUUACAAGGUGACGGGCAAGGGAGUCCAGGACUUUGAGAAGCGCAGCAAACCCACAACGGCGGCGGUGCGGAAGCAGAAACUGGGUCCCCAAGAAUCGAACUACAUCAAUCAGAAUGAGUUUGUGGAUCUCUCGAAGAGUCCCAAGCUGCAGCAGCCACAACCUUUCCAGGCGGCGCAAAACAAGCCCAACCAAUUGGAACCACACUCACGACACAAGCCGCAGGUGACUCGAGUGGGCGGUCAGGAACCAGCUCCCUUCUCCGCUCCCAGCUCAAAGCCACGAUCCUUCACCAGCCGGGGCAGCAUCACCUACAAGGCCACCACGGAGCGCUAUGCCGACCAAGAGCUGUACUAUCCCACCACCAGUGCCUCCACGACCAGGGUGAAGGAGGCCUACACACCGACCACUUUCCGACCCACCACCUACAAGAAGCCCUACGAGCAGAGCUACCAGACGCAGCUGACCCACCGACCCACCCAGGCGGCCACCAAGAAGGCGGUGACCUCAGCAGCACAACAAACCACAGCCAAUCCCCACUCCACCGUGGAUGAGGAUGAUGGGCAGUACCAUCCGGAGCUGUACGAGAACGACUUCCCACGCAAUCGCAUCCGCUUCCUGCGCAACCGAUCCACCAGUUCGACCACCUCGACCACAAGUGCGCCGGUGGCUUCCAUUUCCAGCCGGCAGCCACAUGGCUUCCAGCAGGCUCACAGUCACCUGAAGAGCCAGCAGAAGUCCGUCUACCAAAAGGAGUUGGAGCGGGAAAGGGAGAGGGAGCGCGAGCGGGAGCGGGAGAGGGAAUCGGAUCUUAGCGACGAGGAGGAGCUCUUCAAGACCGCCCAAUCCCUGAAUUUUGGAGCAGCCAGCAUCAACAAACUGAGGGCGGACAUCUACAAGGCGGAGAAGACCUCGCAGCAGUACAACUCACAGUACAGUCCGCAGCUGGUGGCAUCUAGUCCGCAGACCAGCAGCACCACUAGCUCCACCACCACCAGCACCACAACUAGCACCACCACCACCACCACCCGACGACCACCAACCACAGCCAGAACCACCACCACCAUCAUUACCACAAGUGCACCACACGUGGAGGCCAAGAAGUCGGUGAAGAGCAAAAAGGAGCAGCUGCAGCUGGAGAAGAAGGAGCGACCGGCUGGCAAGAGGCCUCCACAUGCCGACGAGGACACCAGCUAUGAUUACGCCUACUACGAUACGGACUGAGCGGUCAUCCUGCCCAGGACUCGCACUAACUACUUGCAUAACCACACCCAGUAGACCUUUUCCAGAUCAUAUCCCCGAAAUAGGUGCCACAGUAUUUUAAAGAAGACAGUUCCCCCACCCAAACCAUGCUCAUCAGAUUUUCACAUACAUAUCUUACUUACGAACCGCUUGACACCCAUUAACACUCGCGUACAUUCAUUCAAUCAGUUUCAGAUGCGUUCUAAUGAAUUUCCAUGCGUGUAUCUAGUUAUUUAAAUAAAAGGAUUAUAUGUUUAGUCGUUAGACAAUUGUUGAAUUGGAGCGAAUUGGCAGCGAAAACCGUAUCGAGGACCGGUUGAGAAACACUUUCAGAAAUUCAGUUGAAGUAUUUUGUACUUGUUGUCCAAUAUUCAAUGAAUUCACUACGAAAUUGUAUUAGUCUUAAGUUUUCUUGUAAAUAAAAUGAAAUAUAAUUCGUAAAA